AUGAGGGAGGGGAACGCGGGCCGGCCGCCGCGGGGGAGCCAUGGUGCCUUCGGCGUGGCCCUCCACAGCUCCGGGGGCCACGGGCUGGGCAGGCGGCGGACGGCGGACCCUCCCACAGCCGGGUGCCGGCGGGCCAACCUGGGCCCUGCCUGCGAGCACGGCCUCCUUCAGCUCCGUGGCCUGGCCGCCUCCCUGGCCCUGGGCCCAGCCCUGCUCUCAUCCCCCUCGGUCCCCGCUUCCCCGGCCAGCUGGAGGGCGGGCUGGGCUGGGCCGCGGGCGGCUCCUGCCAUGGCACUGAGCGUCCCCGACAGCGACACCGUGUGGCGGGAGAAGGCCAUGGCGGCUGGUCGUGUGUGCGUGGUGGGGAGGGCCCUGAUUUUCCCCUGGGCUGAGCACACUCCUUCAAAUGCCCUCUCGUCCCGGAAGAGCUGGGAGCGAGGAGGCACCAAAGCCCUGAGUGCUGUGCCCCCUAAGAGCGUGGAUUUUAUGGCGUGUGCAGUAGAUUGCAACUGGGAACAUGGGCUGUCCCCUCAGGGGGCUGGGGACCACGGGCCACUUGGUCAUGUUAGUGACCACCAAGGCCUGGAGAUGCUGGCGGACGUGCUGGCCGCUCCCUGGGGCCGGCCAGGGGCGGUGGGGGGCGGCUGGUCAGACUCGACAGCGCCUCCGGGCGCCUGGGCCCGGUGCCCUUCACUCGUCUCCGUCCCCCGCCCGCCGCCCCGGGCAACUCUGCCACCUGUUGACGCGCCCUCCCAGCCAGCGUUCCCGUUCCCCCACCCUCGGCAAUCCGGGGUCCCCGGGACAAGGUCCUUCCCCGCCCGCCCUUGGCCCUGCGCGCUCCCCAGACUCGAGGGCACCCCGCGCCUCGGUCCCGGGUCUAGACCAAGCUCCUCGCGCGGGCCGGACAGAGCUGGGCUCCGGGAGGGAAGGCGGGGCCUCGCCAGCGUGGCCCGGGCCGCGGGCGGGAACACUCACACGGCCCGCCGCCUCGCGCCCGCCCCUCCUAGGCUUCGGCCCUCCCCCAGUAAGCGGGGCCGGACGCGCGCCCAGGUCCAGCCACACGCGGCGUGCUCUCACGGGCGUUGCGCCCACCCGGGUGACCUUGAACCUCCGCGCACCCCCGCCCCGGCCUCAGUCUCCCCACUGGCGCCGCCGCCGUGGGACAGGAGGUGGGCAGCCCCCGCCGAGAGCGGCCCCACCCCCGCCCCCGCGGGCAGCCAAUCGGGCCCCGCCGUCCGGGGGCUGUGUCCCCGCGCGGGGUGGGGCCGGGGGCGGGGCUUCCUGGAGGAGCCCCCACCCCCACCCCCCCUCUCGAGCCGCCGGAGCUGCCCGGCCCCGGGCCGGGGGCAGAGGGGCGGCGCGUGCCGCGGGGGCGCGGCUGGCACGGGAGCUGGGAGGCGGCGCCGGGCAGGGGCAGGGGACGCGACGGCCCCACGGCGGGGGCAGCGGGCGGCAGGGGCGGUGGCGGCCGCUAGCGCCCUGCCCGGCGCCACCUCCCUAGGCGCGCUCGCCCGGCGGACCGGCAGGCGGCGGACCGCGCGGCCCCAGGUGCCAGGCGGCGGGCGGGCGGGCGCGCGCGGGGGUCCGGGGGCCGGGCUCCCCCUCAGAGCGGCGGCGGACGGGGAGGGGCCGGGUGGCGCAUGCGCGGGGCCCCGGGGCGCGGGGUGA